AUGGGGAUGCAGCCUUGCCAAGUCCUUGCCCCGAGUCCAGAACAGAGCGCCCCAUGGGAACGGCACAUGCAGUGGCAUUUGGAUUAAAGUCUUCAUUGUGUCACAUACCAGGGUCAACCUCCGUUCAGCUGACCUGGGAGGGCUCACCAGGUGCUGGCUGGUCACCAAAGCCUGGCUCUUGUCUUCCAGAUUUGCGCAAGCAUGACAGACGUGGAAUUUGGCCGGAUGUCCGUCAAGGAGAUGGAGAUGGAGGGCAAAAGCAGCCCCCCGCAGCCUCACUGGUUUGAGCAGUACGUCCAGCCUUGCAUCGGAGAGCUGGUGGGGUCGGCCUUCUUCAUCUUCAUUGGCUGUGCAUCGGUCAUCGAGAACACGGAUGGCACUGGGAGGCUGCAGCCGGCAUUGGCGCAUGGACUGGCCUUGGGGCUCACCAUUGCAGUUUUGGGGAACAUCAGUGGUGGCCAUUAUAACCCUGCGGUCUCCCUCGGGGCCUGGCUUGUGGGUGGGCUGAACAUGGUGAUGGUGAUUCCUUACUGGAUCUCCCAGUUGUGCGGUGGGCUCAUCGGAGCCGGGCUGGCCAAGGUGAUGACGGUCUGGGAAAGGUACGACAAUGCCACUGGGGCGGCGUUCACCUCCAUCACCUCGGAUGACCAAAUCCCUGCAGCUCUGGUGGGUGAGAUUGUGAUGACCAUGUUCCUGGUCAUGACGGUCUGCAUGGGGGCCAUCAACGAGAAGACCAAGACCCCCCUGGCUCCUUUCUGUAUCGGCUUCACCGUGACGGCGGACAUCCUCGCAGGGGGAGGUGUUUCAGGAGGCUGCAUGAACCCAGCCAGAGCGUUUGGUCCUGCACUGGUCGCCAACUACUGGGACUACCACUGGGUGUACUGGGUUGGCCCGAUGGUGGCCGGACUCCUUGUUGGUGCAUUGAUAAGGACCCUGAUUGGGGACAAGAAAACCCGCAUCUUCCUGAAAUGAGCAUCCUCUGAGCAGGCUCCAGCGCUGGGCAGCACAACAUCAACAGACCGCUGCUCCAGAGCUCUCCAACAAUCCUCCACUUCUCAACCUCUGCUUCCCUGUUUCCUUCGUGGCCAAAGUCUUGGGUGGCCCCCACCUGGAAGAGACAGGCAGGCUCCUGGACCGUUCUGUUGAGUGCUGCUCUCUACUAUUUAAAGCAAGGGGGCUCCUUCUCCCCAUGCAUUGCUGCUAGGGAAACCAAAGUGGAGAGAGAGCGCCGCUGCUGUUGGGCUCAGGGCCUGCAUCGGCCGGCCACAGUGAGACCAGGAUGAUAGGCUAGGUGGCCCCUUUUGGCCUGACCCAGGAGCUGGGCACUUCUUACGGUCAUGUUCUCAACGCUUUUAGGAUAUUGGACACAGACACCAUCAGUGCCCUCAUUGAUCCAGAGGGCGGCUCUCCCCUGGGCAAGUUCCACUGGAAUAGCCUGUGAUAGCUAGGAAUUUGCAGGCCCAGCUCACCCUCAUUCCACUGGGGCUUGCACAAGGCCUCGUGUAAAUUGAUCAGUGCGAAUUUUAGUAUGAAUUUCCCCCACUGUACACAUUUUCGGGAAGCAAUUUCCCCAUAUAUAAUACGUUUUGGUGUGUGCUGUUUUCACUGUAAUAUAGCAUAUGCAUUAUUGUAUACACUGCAGAACAGCACUGCAAAAUUCAGAGAGGUGCAAAUUUCAAAGGAUAGUUGAAUCUGCCCAUUUUGGUGUCUCUCUGUUUCUCCAGUCUUAAAU